AGUCUAUCCAGAUAGUUUUGUGCGUGGAAGAAAGGCUCUGCAAAAAUGGCUCUGUUGAAAUGCGGCUGGCUCUGGAGACAGAGCUCCAUCCUGCGACGCUGGAAAAGGAACUGGUUCGUGCUGUGGGCGGACGGCAGUCUCGUCUAUUACCACGAUGAUACUGGCCGUGAAAUGGACGGGAGGAUCAACAUCAGAUCCAACUGCAGAGACGUCAGGACGGGCCGCGAAUGCCGCGACAUCCAGCCUCCCGAAGGGAAAACUCGCGAGUGCCUGAUGUGCAUCGUGCAAAGGGAUGGCCCCAAGACCAUGCUGUGUGCUGAGAGCGAGGAUGAUGCCCUAGCCUGGAAGAUGGCCCUUUUUGAAGCUAAAGCCACCCAGGUUCACCUGUAUGACCCUUACGACGACUAUUACCAGACGGUUCCCCUCGACUCGCACCAGGCGAUGUACGUCAGCUCGGAUUAUUACGGCAACCAGUAUGGCGCCCCCGGGAUGACCCACGUCAUCAUCCGCGAAGACCCCUACCGCGUCUCCGGAGACCAGAUGGCUCUGGGCUUGCUGGCUGGAGCGGCCACCGGGGCAGCCCUGGGUUCGUUCAUGUGGAUGCCGUGCUGGUUCUGAGGCUCUGUUUCGGUAGAAGAGCCGGCCUGGCCCGGCUGACUCCCCUUUCCCUGGCAAGAACCCGUAUUUCGGAAGAGGAGAGGGAGAACCAAGAGGGAUGGGUCGUUUGGCACGUGGAUCCCCGGGAGUUUUGCAAGAUCCCGGGGAGGUUUUCCAGUACCUGCUGUGUAACAGUAACAGUGACCCAUAGUUUCCGUGCUCCGCUGCUAUGUCCUCCCUGGUUCAUUUCGCCUCCCUGUGUCGGAUGUCGGGCGGGCCAGGAGGCUGCGGCCCCUGCCCCAGAGCUAUCGUGGUGCAUUUGGCUGGGGGAACGGGGGAGGGGGUUAUCCGAGAAUGCCCAGGGGGCCCCACCAGCUUGGAAAUCUGCUCUGCCUGGGCAGAAGCUUUUGUGAAACCUUUUUCUGCGGUUCAUGCACAAGCUGCGUUCCUGUCACAUCCUUGGCUAGGGUUGAUCUUGGGCUUUUUGGUGGCUGACGUCAGGGGCAAGACCGGCCAAUGGAUUUCCCGUACCCAGGUUACGUGUGUCGUGUGAACGAAGGCCAAUUCCCUUUGUAACCUCGGGUUCGACGCCUUUGCAACGUGAACGGGUCGUGGUGAAUCCUGGGGGCCGGGCGUUCUCAGCGUCUGCCUACCCAGCUCCCGUGGCUCGGCUGUUCCUCUCCAAGGCCCCUUCCAUCCUGCGUUUCGGGGUGCUUGCAGGGUAUGGUCAGAAAAGUCAGGAUGGCCGCCACAAUGGUGCAAUUGCACAUAAAAAAACAGUUUCCAUGGCACCACCUUGGCUUUCUUGACCAUACCCUGUGGAUACCCCGCUGCAGUUCCUUUGCCCACCCUUGUUAGGGCGGAAGGUCUCAGAGUUAGGCUGAGAGAUGCCGUGUCCUGACCGGACUCCAUCGGACUAAGCCCGUUUAAUUUGUCCCUGAACCUCCCACGUGAGGCCAGCAGUAGCCCAACCUGCCUUGGAUCCUGGCCCUGCAGCCCACCACAGCUCCUGUCCUGCCCCCUUGGCCAUGCUGGCUGGGGAUCAUGGGAGCUGUAGCCCUGCACGCUAGGAAGGCCCCAAGGGUUAGAGGAUGUCAGCGCAAGAAUGCCGUGACCUGAAUUUGGCUCCCAAGGAGACGGGAAUCCCAGGGACCCGUUUGGCCUGAAGCAAUCCUUUUUCCUAGCAAGGUCGUUCUCCGUGCACGAUGCAGAGUGGAUGGAUCCCGUUCGAGGGCACGAUAGAGCGCUUUGAGAGAGAAACCGCUGUGGGUGAGCUUGGGGAAAGUUUUGUUUUGAACUUGCCAGAAUCUUAGGAAGGCUGGAAACCUGCAGGCGUGGACACCUGAGGACACGUCUCCUCCCGACUUCUUGAGGUCCUCUUUUUAACGGGAUUCCGCAUCCAUGGCCUGCAAGGUGUUCUAGGAGGACGCAGUAAGGUGUGGGCGGCUUUUAGACUCGGCGAAGCGAACGGCUGCGUAAGUGGGGAGAGUUUGAGGAGGAGCUGA